AUGACACCUGUUGAGGACAACCCUCCACCCCGCUCGACGACGCCCAUCACUUCCAAUCGACGCGUUUUUCAACCAGCUGCCCGUCCUGCCCAAGACUCCAUCAGCGGGGUUACAGGUCGAGGCGUGCAGCAACUGAAGCCAAACGCGCUUCCUGCCCGUCACUCGGCGUCCAACAUACUUGUUUCCAACCGUCAGCAUGGCAAUCCGGUCCUCAAGGAGAUCAAGUCGCAGGCGUGGGAGUUCGCUGAUAUCCCAGCCGACUAUGUGCUUGGCGCCACAACGUGCGCACUGUACUUAAGUCUAAAGUAUCACCGUUUACACCCACAUUACAUCUACAACCGUAUACGCGAUCUCGCUGGAAAGUAUAACCUGCGUAUUCUGCUCGUCAUGGUAGAUGUAACCAACCACGAGGAGCAUCUCAAGGAGCUGAGCAAGACAAGCUUAGUCAACAACAUCACGCUGAUAUUAUGCUGGUCGGCCGCGGAGGCUGGGCGGUAUUUGGAACUCUACAAGACUUACGAGCAUGCGCCUGCGACAAUGAUCAAAGCGCCUGUAUCCACGUCACAUGGAGACAGAGUGGUAGACUUUAUCACAACGCCAAGAAGCAUUAACAAGACGGAUGCGAUGAGCCUGGUGGGAAAUUUUGGAAGCAUCAGGACGGCAGUAAAUGCACGUCCUGAAGAGUUGUCUAUGAUCGGAGGUUGGGGCCCAACAAAAGUUAAGCAGUGGCAUGCUGCGGUUACAGAGCCCUUUAGAAAUAGAAAGGCCGCGAAACGGGGGCCUGAACCCUCUAGCUCUCGAGCCAUCUCCUCGAAUACAUCACCGGCGGAGGGAGACGUAACAUCAUCGGCGUCUAGUGCUCGACCGCGCAGUCCCGCAGGUGCAGAGCCGCCGUACAUGGAUAGAAGACCACCAAAACGACCGGCCGAGGGCGAUGAAGGAAUUGACAGUGAUGAAGAAGACGUCAUGCGCGAAAUGAUCGAUCAGGGGCUUAGCAAACAAUCUGUGAGCGUGAACGCUCCGCCUGGCACACGCAUAGCCAAGCCAGCACCAAGUAAGAAGCCGGAGGAACCUGGAGUAGACGACGGGGUCAUGGCUGCGCUUGCAAGGCUCAGAGAAGCUGGUGGAAGAUAG